GCGCUCCCAUUCAUUUCCUGAGAACUGCCUGAGCUGAGCAGCUGAGAGGCAGAAGGGGAGGGAGCUGCUCACUCACAUACACUCACACUCACUCACUCACACACUCACACACACGCACAUUAUCACACACACGUACAUACACGCAGAGUGAGAGGAGAGAAGAGGAGAGGAGAGGGAGAGGAGGAGAGGAGACAGAGAGGACUGUAGAAAGGAAAACAGUCUCCUAGUCUCCACGGCUCUGCAGCUUCUGACAAGGCAGCCUAAGAAACAGGAUGUUAAUGCUUGACGGAAUGCCUGCAGUCCGAGUCAAAGCUGAGCCCCUGGAAUCGGAACAAGGGUCACCUAAAGUGCGCCCUUAUUCUGCGAUGGACGGUGUCCCCUUCUUCCUCACCAGAGUUAAAGACGAACCUCCAGAAGACCUGCUCGCCCAAGACCUGCACUUCCACACACAGACCGAGCCUGUCGACCUGUCAAUCAACAAACCCCGCCCUUUCUCUUCAUCCACCACCCCUACCACCACCUCAUCAUCCUCCCCUCUCAGAUCUGCUUUCUCCCCGUCUUCUUUAUCGUCGUCAUCUUCCUCCUCCUCCUCCUCCUCCUCUCCAUCGGUUAUCACCUCAGCCUCAUCGGUGCUCUCGCCAGGCCCUCUGGUUGCCCCUGGAAGCGGGGUGAGAGGUCAGCCGUAUUUGCACAUCCUGCACUCUGUGCCGCCGCCUCCAUCCAGCCCUCUGAGCCUGCAGGGAGCAGGGAAGCUGGCCAGCCAUGUUCACCGCAUCCCGGUUGUGGUACAGUCACUGCCUCUCAUGUACACCACUGCCGUUCGAUCACCCUCCAGCCUCAACAACGCCAUCAUGCUACCUCUGCUGGAUGAGGUCAAAAAACAGGGCAAAGCACACACAGACCCCAACGGCCUGUCGCCAAGGCAGAUCAAAAGUGACAGCGAUGACGACGACCUGCCAAACGUGACCUUGGACAGUGUUAAUGAGACUGGCUCCACUGCGCUGUCUAUAGCCCGCGCCGUACAAGAUUCCAUGUCCCCAUUCAGUAUUGACAGCAUACGGCGCCCCCGGAGGUCAGAGUCACCAGAUUCCAAAAAGAGAAGAAUCCACAGAUGUGACUUUGAAGGCUGCAAUAAGGUGUACACCAAAAGCUCCCAUUUAAAAGCACACCGGAGGACGCAUACAGGGGAAAAGCCAUACAAAUGCACCUGGGACGGCUGCACGUGGAAGUUUGCCCGCUCUGAUGAGCUGACGAGGCAUUAUAGAAAACACACGGGGGUGAAGCCCUUCAAGUGCGCAGACUGUGACCGCAGCUUCUCCAGAUCUGACCACUUGGCCCUGCACCGACGGAGACACAUGCUGGUGUGAAUCAGACGGAGAGAGAUAAAGAGAGCGAGAGAGAUCAAUGGGACACACACACAGGCAGCCGGGGGAGCGGGAUCUCCCUAUGAAUGUUUUUCAGCUGGCCUGGAUGCGCGCACACACACACACACACGCACAAUAGACACACACGAACACACGCACACACACUCUCAUCCGUCGUAAGGAGAAAAGAUGGAAAGGUCCACAGAGCUUGUGGAGCAUAAAACAGGGUCACUUCUGGAUCCUCUUUGGGUUGGAAGGAAUGGACGGCAGGAUCUGUUAUUGUCAUUGUUUGGAGUAUAAUAGGGAACUGUCUUUUACAGCACUGUUUGUAAAUGUUUCACUUUGAUUUUUAAGAUGAACUCGCACUCUUUAUUUGGACAAAAAAAUAUAUAUAAUGCAAUCGCAGCUGUCUCUUUUUUGGUAUCUUUCUUUUCAUUAUUGUUUUAAAUGGCUGCUUUUCCAGCAUUCAUAAUGUGAAAGACCCCAUUGUAUGGAAUGGAUUUCCUCUGUGAGCAGAAAAGAAGUUGAUCACAGGAAAAGGACAUGGGCCUAUUUGGAGUUACAGGCAGUAUUGUUGCGCCGUGCCUCCCUGUGAGUCGGAUUUGUGACCAGCAGAGGGCGCCAUUUCACCACAGUUCCCUUUGUUUGCUGGAACUUGCUGUCAUAUCCGAGGAUGCCAUAUAGAAGCUAAAAGAGGGCUGGACUUUCACUUUUUUCAUAGCCAGCAAAGAAGAAAAGAAAUGAACUCAAAUAUCCACAACCUGAAUGGAUCAACCUCAUCAACACGUCAUUACUCUUUCCAAUAUUCAUUGCUUUAUUUCAAACAAUGAAAACUGGACGUGCAUAUCAUCGCACCAGCAAAGGCACACACACCGUUUAUGACCCGCUCACAGGGCCGGACAACCCCAAAUCUAAUCAGUGCUAUUCUUUAUGUUGAGCCUCUUGAAAGCAUUUUCUUAAAAAAAAAAAUCUUUGGUGGAUUUUGUGCUGUGAUUAGCAAUCAGUAAAGUGCAAUCUUAGAGGAUAAAUAUACUUUCAGUAUGACAACGUUUUGUUUUAUUGAAUCUUGCUUAUUUUUUUUAAAUGCCUGCUUAUUGCUCAUGUUUGACUCAGAAAAAUACAACCCCUCAUGUACAGUGAACUUUGAAACAAUCAGAGGAGAUAUCCAGUAUGUGAAAAAAAAAAAAAAAUAGUGGCACCUUACAGACUUAGCUCUCAUUCUGUCCUGAUCUAUCUGUUUUUAUUAUUCAGCUCUGUCUUCUCAGCUGGGUUUGACAGUGAAAGGAACUUGCCUUGUGGUUUUGCACAGCAGCACUUGACCAUAAGCUGAAACUGACAUCGGCUGCAGUGUUAUAGGGAUAGUGUGGUUACCUGAUGUACAAUACAGAAGAGCAAUACAUACAGAACAAAGAAGAAGACGAGAAGGAACGUCAGCCUACUCUUUGUUCUGUUUGCUGAUGUCAGUAAUACUGGAGGAGAAGUUUCUAACUGGGCCAACUCCUCUGUACCACGACUCCCUCUGUUGAUUGAUUUGUAGCUCCAGCACAAGGCUCUAAUCUGACGUGUCGCAGUCAGUGCGUUACUCCGAAUCUUUUCAUUUUGUUUUAUUUUGUUUGUCUCAAAUACAGACAUUCACUUGAAAUAUCCUCACCUCAGACCAGAUAUUUGUUAAGAUUAUUAUCUGAUGUACCUGCGAUUUGGCUAUAUAAAAUGCUGACAGAUGGAGGAAUCACAUUAUGCAUACAUUUAUAGCACAUAUAUAAAAAAUACAUACACAUGUACAUACAUGAAUACAUUAUGUAUGUACAGUCAGACUACAUUUUAUAGGCAGUUACUGGCAAAGAAAAAUCUCUUGGAGAACAUUACUUAUUCUUAAUUAGGAAAUUCAAUUAAUGUAUAUUUUUACAGUCAUAAUAACAGACACUUUUGUAAGUAUUUCCAAUGCUCUCCAUGCUGUGUAAGACCUGCAGACAUGAACUCAGAGUAUCAGGCCAACUCAUUUUAUUUGAUAGUGCUGCUAAAUGCAUUUAUUGGACCGGAGCCAGUAAAAAGAAAUGGUAACCUUUUUGAUAAUAGCACCUGAAAACCAUACACUCAUGCACACACACGCACACACACACCUGCACAUUUACAUUCCUCGCUCUCAGCAAUGUAGCCAAAUCCAGGAGGUAAUCGCCAUACAUGCACCCCAAUGUAUGUGACACCCCCUCAAUGUAAAGGAGUAACUGAAAUUAUUAUUUAUGUAUAUUGUUUGCGCACAUGUCAUUAUGCCCAGUUGUAUUAUCAUUUUGGCAAAAGCAUAUCAGCACCUUGUUUUGUUUAUUAGUAUGAUUUUCAUAUUAUUUUAUUUCAGAUGUCAAUUUAUAAACAAAUAAUCAUCAUAUUUUAUCAUCCAUAUAAUGUAUGAGAACAUUUUAUUAUCGAGGGGCACUUCAUCAUUGCAUAUAACUCUUUUUUUCUUCUGUAAAAAGGAUCUUUUGAAAUGUUGUAAUAUAUGUGAUAGUGAAGAUAAAACUUAUUACAAAGUUCUACAGCCUGUAUAUACAUUGGAAAAAUAGGGCUUUUGAUUAGUAGAUGCAGGAAAUACAUUUAUACAUGUAAAGUCUUUUUCAGAGACUGUAAUUUAUCUAAUUUGAUAUACAGUGAAAUGGGGCUAAUGGUAUUCAUCAUGUAAAUUAUCAUAUGUGAUGUUAUAUAACAGUUUGCUUUCUUUGGUUUGUGGUUAAAUAAGUUCAUGAUCAAAUCAUUUUUAUUCCCAAGGCUGAACCAGUGUUUGCUAUAAUCAACAAAUUAUUUAUAUACAUUGACCGUAUUAAGGUACUCGAUUCCCUGUGUUGCUAUUUUGCUAUACCCAGACAAGAAAUUAUAUUGAUCAAGCACAUAUCAACAACACGUGUACUCUCAUAUUCAGUAUAUGACGUUGCAUGCCUUAAUACACCAGUUUUUGCUAAAUUCAAUUAGACUUGAAUAUGGUGUCUCCACAGGACAGGGUGUAUUAUAUUUCCCUACAGCAUCUCUUUCCUCAUUUUAAAGCAUAAUUUUGUAACGGUAACCAGGGUCAAAGUUAUGCAAUAAUAAUGAAUAGUGCCUCAUAUUGCAAACUUGUAAUAUCAGCUGCUCUGUGCAGAGUUUAGAUUUCAACAUGUGUGCUCAAAUUAAUAAAUUUUCAAUUUUGGAAAAAGCACAGACAACAUUAUGCAAGUCGGACCUCUAAUGUUUCACUUUCUUUUCGCACUGAGCCUUAUGCCAUUGUGUCAAAUGCAGCAUCCUCCCAUAACACUUUCACAGGCUGUUUAUAGCUCGCGUUAUUACUUUGCUUGCAAUAAGUCACUUCCUCUAAGGGGAAUAAAACUGAGUUGCAAAGGCCUCUUGAUGUUUCAGCUUCAUCACAUGAACUCAACAUAGUGACUCCAUGGAAGAUAAUGAGGAAUCUUACCCACAGGGGGACAAAAAUCCUGUGGCUGGGAUUCCGGCUGUAGAGUGAUGCCUUUGUUAAUGAAUACUGAACUUACACUUCUUUAUCAGUUCAAUAUCUAUUUUACUUUCUGUGUAACAUCUGCUUUUGAUUUCCUGGUUUUGAAAAUUUAAGUAGUGAAGCCAAUGCCUUUGUUUCGAGUUUGCUGAUAUUACGUACAGUAAUCGUUGUUCCUGUAUUUAUGUAAAGUGAGUGUAGUGUAAAUAUAUUCAGAUCUUUUCAUUCUUACCGUAAAAAAAAAUAAUUGUGAUAUUGCUCAGCAUUGCUUCAAAAGGGAGAUUCUGCUCAUGGAAUUCCACAUCUGUAAAAGAAAUUUUUAAUCCUGAUAUUUUUCAAAACUUCAAGAACAGGUGUCCUUUUUUUUUCUGUUACACUUUUAUUUUCUCCAAGAGUUGUUUAAGUAUCCAGUCAGUGUUUUGCCUUUUUCUCUGUAUUUUUCAUAUGGAUGGAGCUGUGAAAUUAAAAAUAAGUUCAAACAUUUACAUGUAUAUCAAUAUGAAUGGAGGCAUGAAGGUUAAUAAAGUUGCAUUUUGUAUGUAA